UUCAGGGUGGUGACUGGGGAGUGAAUUAUCCUCUACAAGAGAUGUGUGCUUUGAGAGGAUCCUCUGUGGUCAUACCCUGUACAUAUGAUUAUCCUGAACUGUUUCAUGGCACAGUUUUAACUGUAGUAACUGUGAAGUGGUUCAGGACUUCUAUUCGUGAUGUUGCUGAUCCAGGCACAUAUGUGUAUCACAGCAGUGGAAUCAAUGUGAGUCCUGAAUAUGAACACCGGACAGAGUAUCUAGGGAACAAAGUCAAGAACUGCACGCUAAAGAUAAGUGCUCUGCAAAGCAGUGACAGAGACAGAUAUUAUUUUAGAUUUGAAACAAACAGCCCUUCUGGUAAAUGGACUGGUAGAACUGGUGUGUCACUUUCAAUAACCGAGCUAAAGGUUACCCUGGACCCUCCUGUUCUAUAUAAUAAUGUGAGAGAAGGAUCUUUUGUUUCCCUGUCCUGUGGCUUUGACCGCUGCAACCUGAGUGAGAGCAGCUUUGUCUGGUACAGGGAGGGGCAGCCAAUCAAGAAUGAGAAAUCAAACAAACUUCAGUUUAUUGUUUCUUAUGAGCGUUCUGGGAAGUACUGCUGUGCUGCUGCUGAGAACAGCAGCAUUAAAUCUGAAGAAUUCGACUUGAUUGUGAAAUACUCCCCAAAGAACACCUCGAUCUCAGUCAGGGCUCCUGGUGGAAUAGUGGAGGGGAGCACAGUGACGCUGACCUGCAGCAGCACAGCAAACCCACCAGCCAGCAGCUACACCUGGUUCAAGGGGAAUCAAAUCAAUGUCGUGAACUCAGGCAGUGAACAGAAUCUCAUCUUUGCAAACAUCAGCCUUGCUGACAGUGGAGAGUAUUACUGUAAAUCAAGCAAUGAGAUUGGAAGACAAAAAUCUCCGCCAAUGCAAAUACAUGUAAAAUACUCCCCAAAGAACACCUCGAUCUCAGUCAGGGCUCCUGGUGGAAUAGUGGAGGGGAGCACAGUGACGCUGACCUGCAGCAGCACAGCAAACCCACCAGCCAGCAGCUACACCUGGUUCAAGGGGAAUCAAAUCAAUGUCGUGAACUCAGGCAGUGAACAGAAUCUCAUCUUUGCAAACAUCAGCCUUGCUGACAGUGGAGAGUAUUACUGUGAAUCAAGCAAUGAGAUUGGAAGACAAAAAUCUCCGCCAAUGCAAAUACAUGUAAAAUACUCCCCAAAGAACACCUCGAUCUCAGUCAGGGCUCCUGGUGGAAUAGUGGAGGGGAGCACAGUGACGCUGACCUGCAGCAGCACAGCAAACCCACCAGCCAGCAGCUACACCUGGUUCAAGGGGAAUCAAAUCAAUGUCGUGAACUCAGGCAGUGAACAGAAUCUCAUCUUUGCAAACAUCAGCCUUGCUGACAGUGGAGAGUAUUACUGUGAAUCAAGCAAUGAGAUUGGAAGACAAAAAUCUCCGCCAAUGCAAAUACAUGUAAAAUCGAUCAUGGGAAUGAACACGUUAGUAUAUGCAGUGGCUGGGAGUGUACCUGUGAUCAUCUUGCUUAUCCUAGUGAUUAUCAUUUGCAUCAAGAGGAACAAAAAAGACCAACCACUAGAAAAACGGAAUGUGGAAAAUGAAGGAGACAAUAAGGAGAUCAUGGAUAUAAAUACAAUAUAUGCAAAUGUAAAUGUAUCACAUUCUACCAGAGGAACACAAGACCAUUUAGAGGAGAUGGAGGAGAUACACUAUGGAUGCAUCCAGUUCCAGGACAAAGACCAAGCGAACUCAGGAAUAAAUGAAAAGAAUGAUCCUUUACAAGACUCUGUUAUCUACAGCACAGUCGCCAAGCCGGUCAGCUGAACGAAACACAAGUUCACAAUUCUGCUACAAUGCAGAGGAACAUGUUGCAGUCAUUCAAGAUCUUUUGCCAUGUACUCUCCAUCAAGUAUUGGAACAGGUGAAGAAAUGUAGAACAAUGGACAGAGGGGCAUUAUUUUUUUUUUGCUUUACAAGAGUGUGACCAGCCCCAAUCUAAGUCUUUAUGAGCAAUAUAUGUACAUGCUUUUAAAAUGUCAUGACCCUCUGUAAUAUAUCCAUUGACAAAACAUACAAUGUCAGAUACUUGUGUAAAAGCAAAGUCUAAAUAUUUGUUUCUUAAAUCCAUGAAUCAACGUGGCAGUCAAUUAAUUAGAAAAAUAUAAUACUGAAAAAUGCAGGAAAAGUUAUUUAUCAGAGAGAGAGAAAGUAAC